AUGGGGCUCCAGGGGCUCCUGUUGGUACGGCUCCAGUCCAAGACCGUCCCUCCAGCAUCCAAACUGUUUGACGAUGCCCAACUCCAGAAAAUCAUCGAGUCUACCAAUUUUGGCACUGAGGCCAGACGAGAAAGACAACGAGAAAAAGCACCACUGCCGUCCAGUGAGAUUCCACACAGUGAGGAUCUGGACCCGCUGGGACGGCACCACGGUGCAGCUGCUGAUGUGGACUCUCAAGUCGACCCUACGGUGGAAAUCUCCAAGGCGUUUGCCUCUACUGACUUGAACAAACCCAUCCCCAAAAAGUCGCCUUCUACUGACAAGUUGAUCAAGGAGACCAUCGACGAACUUCCCUCCAACAUGGAGCGUCAGCGCAGCGAAUGGUCCAAACGUGUAGAGGCGUACCUCCAGUCGAUUCUGGACACCCUCUUCACAGCGUCCACCGCGCUCAACGACGUGACAGGCUAUUCAGGAAUCGAGCGCUUGAAGCGGACAGUAGACGAGCUCGAAAACGAGCUCCGUGGCGCCAAAGAUAACGUUCGAGUGGCCAAAGGCCACUACAGUGAUGCCAUCCAGCAGAGAUCCACUCUGCAGCGAGAGAUCAACGAGCUCUUGACUAGAAAGCACAACUGGAGCUCAAACGACCUCGAACGGUUUACAGAAUUGUACCGCAACGACCACGCCAACCAGCAGCGAGAAGCCACCACUGAGGCUGCUCUCAACGACGCUGAGCUGAAUGUGGACGCAGUCCAGCUCCGGCUCACCCAGCUGAUUCUCACUCGUUACCACGAGGAACAGAUCUGGUCAGACAAGAUCCGUAAGGCGUCCACCUGGGGCACAUGGGUGUUGAUGGGCAUCAACGUCGUGCUCUUUGUGGUGGCCACGUUCUUGGUGGAGCCGUGGAAGAGGAAGCGGUUGGUGGGGUCCUUCGAGGAUAAGGUCAAGCAGGUGUUGGUGGAGCUUGCCGAGAAUGGGACAGCAGAGGAGACGCUAUUGGUGGGAAAUGUUACAGAUAAGCUAGUCCUCGCUAGUGCUGCAGGCGAGCUGGUGGAGUCUCCUGAAACUCCUGAGGUGGUUUCUCCUGGUGAAUUGGUGGUCCCUGUCGGUGCUCCAGUUCCGGUUUCAUUCAACGUCUACGGCCAGGGAUGGGACGAAUUGAAGAGUACGGUGGGUGCCAGCUGCCAGACGCUCGGGUCCAAGCAAGUCUCGACAGUGGCAGUCGACAAGACUGAGUUGGCCGUGGUGACUGCCAUGGUGGGGCUUUUAGGAGCCGGUUUGGGGGCCCUCGUGACAGUUUAUGUCGGUAAAUAA